AUGAAAUUAGAUGGAACAGAUGUUUAAUGGUUUGUUUUCGAGACUAGAAUCAGAAAGAUUAUCAAAGAGCUGCUAGAACCCACAGUUAGAAAGCAAAAAGAUCAAAAGAUGAACAUCGAUUAGUUCCAUAUGUCUUUGGAUAUGCAGAAGCGGAAGCUGGAUGAGCACGACUUUGUUAUCUAGAAAAUGUAGAAAAGAACUGCUAGCUUUGAGGACUUUCAAAAGAAAAUUCAUGAACUUGACACUGAGAGGAAAAUACUUGAGAGCAAGCUGAGUUUAGAGAUCUCAAAUGUCAGAGCUCUCAAUGGGGCUCAGGGAGAGAAGAUCAGACUUUGUAGCUCAGAUAUAGAGCAAUUUGAGAAGCAAACCACGAUAAUUUAGGAUGAAGUUAGGCGUUAUCAGGAGAGCUUGAUUGAUUACAAGGAAAAGAUCAAUAAAACCGUGACAUCUAUUCACUAGGAUAUGGCUACAACUGUAAAUGCUAUGAAGAUCAAGGUAGAAGCUGCCUCUGGCUUAGAGUCUCAUUUCACUACUCAAGUCAAGCAUCUUACUGAAGAACUUAAAAAGAUUGAUCUCUCCUACGAAUAGGAGAAAUUACAAAAUAUGAAAAUAAUCCAGAGAUUUAUAAAAAAGGUUAACAAAAUAAAAUCCCAAUCCUUUGAAUCGAGCAACCUAGUUAAGGAAUUCGAUGCUCUUCUCAAGACCUAAGAUAGAAAGAUGGCAAUGAAUAAUAAUCUUACUAGUACUGUGCAUAACUUUAUAGAAAAAACUGACAAGUACCUAGCCUUAUUUCUUCCAGUCUAGAUUUUGAACUAAAUUGCUGAGGCAAUGCACUCUACCCUAGAAGGAAGGCCAUUUAAUAGACUUAUCAUGUAUGAGUAGAACAAGUAUUCAGAAUUGGAGAACUUUAUCAACAACAAUGAUAUGACUUAAUUUAGCAAGGAACAGUACAAGAUACCAAUCCUUCCAGAUUUCGUAGAUGAUAACUAAUAUAUAUAGACACCAUAUCAAAAAGGAAAUGGCGAAAACAAAAAUCAGUAAGAUGCCCAUUCAAAGGAUGAGAGCUAGCUGAAAGUAGACACCCUGAGUGAUAGGAUAAGUAAUGAUAACAACAACUACAAAUCAAAGUAUCCCAAGUCAUACAUUCAAGAUCAUGAUGAGAGACUUAUAGUGGAAAGACAUAACCAGUUGAGAAAUCUUAAUGCAAGAGAGAAGUCGAAGUUAAAGCCAGACACAUUCACUGAGAUCUCAGGACGACACAAAAAGGGAGAUGAUACUAUAAGUGACGGAGAGAAUACUCAUAAGUACCACAAAUCUUUGUACAAUCAAAAAAGUAGACUAGAACAUUAAAUAAACAAGCAGACUUCAGUUAAGGUGGGAGAGUAUCUGAACUAGCAUUUCUCAGAAACAGCCUAAGCUACAAGAGUCAAGAUCGCCAAGAAGUUGACUCAUAAAGUGCAAAUAAGGGCUAACUAGCCAGAGAGCUAGUAUUCAUAUAUUGAAAGUGAAAAAAUCAAGAGUAACACAAAUAACACUAAUAACUAAGAAGAGCUUAAACCAGGAAUGACUAUUCCGCAGCUGUCAUCUAAUCAGAGCAGACAAAGCGGGAUCUAAAUUGUUGACUAGAGUUCAUAAAAUACUAAUCUUCAACAAUAGUAAUUACUGCCACCACCAAAUCAAUAAUCAAGAAUUACUCUUUCUAAGAUACUAAGUGAUACCAACCUUAGCACUCAUCAGCAUAAUUAGGAGUCAUAACAAAAUUAAAGCCAGCUGUAAGAGCAUUCCAGGACUCCCUCAAUUACAGCCAUAAAUCCAAAUGGCCGAAGAACUACCUUGCAAUUGAAUGAUAUGGGGGAUAAGAAUCAAGAGCACUUGCUCCCUUCAUUCAAAAAGCAUAACGAGUCUCAAAUGAAGUCAAACAUUGAAGAUCAGUAAAUACAAGAGGAAAUGUCAUCAGAAUCAAGUAAAUCAGCCAAAUCUAAAUCAAGUGUCAAUCAACAAGAUAAGGGUGAAGGAGAUGACAAUGAUAAGACUUCACUGAAUAAAGAAGACGUGAUUACCGAGACAUAAAGUCCCCAACCCAAUAGAGAAGGUCAGCAAGUAACCUAUCCUAAGAAUUCUAUAUUAGGAAGUUAGGAAUAAAUAAUAAUGAGAGAAUUUGAUGUCCAUACCUUAUUGGCUAAUUAGGACUUUGUAGCUAAGCUAAAAGAACUAUUUUAGCCAAUGAUAGAUGAUUCCUUAGAAGAAGUGGCGGAGCAAAUCGACUAGAAUAUGGAUUUUCUUGAAUAGAAAUUUACAGUGUUCAACAAAGCUAUAGAGAUGUAGUCGAAUUCCUUUGAGGAACAGCUUGAUAUCAAGGAAAAAGACAUCUAUUAAAUUAUGGAUGACUUGAAAAUUCAAAUAGAGAGUGAAGUCAAGAGAAGAGCAAGAGCACAUAACGACUUUAUGCUAGACAAUAGAAAGGCAUUGACUUAAGUUAAGGAUAACUAGUAGAACAUUGAGAUUAUGAAAAAUUAGAUAAGGAUUCAAACUGAGAUUUUAGGUUGUCUCAUUGAGAGUCUAAUUAUUGAAAGCCAACUUGAUAUUCAAGAUGAACAUGAUAAAGAAUAGAUUGCUCUCUAUGGCAAGAAUAAUGAAGAUUCAAACAAGAGUCUGAAUAAUCUAGGCAGCAAAGUAGAUGCAGCUACUUCUCCAGACAUUACCUAGAGAUUCGCAUUAGACUAAAACUGUCUAUCUUGCACUAAUUAGCCAUAAUUGAUUCAUAGAGCUUUGAAGCUUGCCUGUUUAAGAUAUCAGCCUUCAGAUAUCAAAUACAAAAAUGUGGUUUUAACUAGAAAAGCUUUGAUAAAAUUGAACUCGUAACUAAUAAGUAAUGCCUAAAUCAAGCUACUAAAUGAAGAUAUGACUCUCAGUGAUUACUACUCUAAAAGCAUUGAGCAUAUCAUAAUGCAAAAUAAUCAAUAAAAUUCUUUAUUAAGAUUGCAGAAAAACUAGAAGCACACGAGGAAUAUAGCCUAGACUACUACUUAGAUUAGUAAAGAUCCCUAUAGCUAGAUGGGUAUAAAGUUCAAUUAUAAGAGUAAUUAUAACAAUAACAGCACUCUGGAUAAUUUCAACACAAGCAUUGGAAUGGAUGAUAUCUUUAAUGCCUCAAAGGUUUCAUAUAAUAGAUCGCACAUUGAUGCUAUGACUAAUGGCAUUAUAAAUGAUUAAGAUUCAACACUCAUAAAUUCUCAUAAAAGGCUUUCAAAGAAUAUUUUGAUACCUCUUUCAAACCAAAUUGCUACAAGAAAUCUACAUAAGGACCCUUAUGAUAUGUAAUUUGUUAGAUUCUAAACAGCAGUGGGUAAGAAUCGUGAUCAUUCUAAUUUUCACAUGGGAAUAAGCUAGAUGAAUCAAAGCUUUCAUUCCUCAUCUCGGAUGAUGGAUGAAAAAGAUGCUAAAUAAAAAAGCAGCAAUAACAGAGCCAAUACAAGCAUGGGAGUGAUGAAGACUGAAUAUGCAGGUUUCUUCAGCUAGAAUGAUCCGCUUAGUAAAAGAAGGAAAUUGAUACUUGAUUAGAGAAACUAGCAAACUGGUAGACAGAUAAUGUAGAAUUAGAAACUCAACAGUAUAGCAAUGUAAAGAACACCAGAGAAAAAGAACCAGUCAAGUCAUAAUCAAAGCAUGGAUCAGAUAAUAGUCGAAGGCAGAAAUAAACUCCAAGAAUUGCACAGUUAGUAAAUGAGACCAUUAAUAUAGAGAGAUCAAAAGCAUGUUAGGACUAAGAAGAGUGGUGAUCAAAUAUUUCAAAAUUGA